AUGGAAGAGUAUGACGAUGAGGAUGAUUAUAUCAGAUACAUGGGUGAAUUGGAAAAAGAAGAGGUUCUUCCAGAAGAGUCAGAUGAAGAGGUCCUCUCACACAAAAGCAAAGGAAACUCCUCCGUCGAAACUUUUGCGCUUUACAGCUCCGAUGGUGUUUGCAGCUACGAGAGCACUACCUCCGGCUACUUUCCUGAUUACUGA